GAAUUGGCAGUUUUGAUUUGACAAUAUAUUACUCAAAUUUCCCUAUGAAUUAGUUCAUGAUUCCAAUCCUGAUCCUUCAGACAAGUACAAAAUUUGUGUUUUGGUGGUAUCGAAUGAUCACACAAGAACAAGUACACUAUAUAGAAUCACAUAAGGUUGACGAAGAAAACCAAGACUCAACUCUAUGGGUUCUGAUCCUUCGUCUCAAAUUCCAGUCAUCAACUUCUCGCUGGUAUCGCCGGAGUUGGACAGAGGAACAAAAGAGUGGCACCUCCUGUGCGAGAAGGUCCGAGAGGCUUGUGAAAGCUAUGGUUAUUUCGAGGUGGUGUAUGAUAAAAUUUCUUCAGUGUUACAAGCAGAGACAUUUUCGGAUUUGAAGGAACUUUUUGGUCUUCCUUUGGAGACAAAGAAGAAGAAUGUGAAUCCAAACCCUUUCUAUGCCUAUGCUGGGCAGUAUGCCACGGCAUCCUUGUAUGAGAGCCUUGGAAUUGAGGAUGCCUCCGACCCCGACUCGGUUCGGAGAUUUGAAGAACUAAUGUGGCCUCAAGGCAAUGAUUUUUUUAGCAAAACAAUCAGCUCCAUAACUCAGCAGAUGGAUGAGUUAAAUCGUACGACCAGGACGUUGAUUCUCGAUGCUUAUGGCCUGGGAGAGACCUUGAACUCCAUCAUGCCUUGUACAACCUUACUGCGCCUUACGAAAUACAAAGCCUCACCAAAUGGGGAGUACAUGGAGGGGAUCACUGCUCAUACGGAUAAACUUCUGUCAGCACUUCUGUGUGCAAACCAAGUUUUUGGGCUCGAAGUUGAAGCCAAGGAUGGGCAGUGGAUUAAACUUUUUCCAUCUCCCAAUUCCUUCAUCUAUAUGGUUGGUGAUCCUCUCAUGGCAUGGAGUAAUGGGAGAAUGCAUGCAGCUAAUCACAGGGUGAUGAUGGAAGGAUAUGAAGAUAGGUAUUCACUAGGGGCAUUUCCAGCUCCAAUGGAGGGAACAACCAUCAAGCCAAUAAAAGAGCUAGUGGAUGAAGAGCACCCCCAAAUUCUGGAAGAGUUUGAUUACAUGGAAUUCAUCAGAUUUUCUUUAUCAAAAGAGAGUUUGACCAUGGAUUCAGCAAGGCAGGCGUUUGCAUUUCCUGGAAACUAUUGAUGAAGUGUAGUUUUUUUCUUGGAAAACGAGGUAGCUAAGCUAGAUUGUAAGUGCUAAAUCCCACAAAAAGUUCGGGUCAUGAUAAUGAAGAGCACUUUGCUUGGCACAAACAAAUGUAAUGAUAAGAGUUGAAAAACAUGAUAUUGGAUAUAGUUCCCAAACUUAUUUUUUGAAAAAUAUGUGGCUAGAAUGACACGACA